GGGCUCUCCUGCUUUCACCACUAGUUGGGAGCUAGAAACAAGUGUAGGAAUUGCCUCUGUAGUUGAGCAUUAGAAAAUGGCAGUUGCUCAAUGCUAUGAGAUACCACCUGCAGCACUCAACCCCAGCUGUGGGGAUCAAUUAGGCUCUGGGGAGUGCCUGAUCGGAAGCUUGAAAGCCUAUGUUACUGGUUCUCCAAGCAGCAAAAAGGCUGUCAUCUUGGUUUCUGAUGUCUUUGGAUAUGAGGCACCCAACCUGAGGAAACUUGCUGACAAGAUUGCUGCAAGUGGAUUUCUUGUGGUGGUUCCGGACUACUUCCAUGGAGAUUCCUAUGCUCCAGAAAAGGGUUCUAUUCCUGACUUUUUGGACAAUCAUGCUCCAGAGAAAGGAUUUGAAGACACCAAGCCUCUGAUUGCAUAUUUAAAGAGCCAAGGAAUAUCAUCUAUUGGGGUUGGAGGCAUUUGUCGUGGUGGAAAGGUGGUCGCAGAAUUAGGCAAGACUGAAGAAAUCCAAGCUGCUGUCAUGUUUCACCCUUCACUUGUUACUAUAGAUGAUAUCAAGGAGGCUAAAGUUCCUACUGCAAUUCUGGGAGCAGAAAAAGAUCAAUCAUCUCCACCGGACUUGAUUAAGAGGUUUGAGGAGGUUCUAUCUGCAAAGAAAGAGAUGAAUAGUUUCGUGAAGAUAUUCCCAGGCGUCGGGCAUGGCUGGACAAUGAGAUACAAGCCAGAGGAUGAAGCUGCCAUGAAGAAGGCAGAAGAAGCGCACAUUCACAUGAUUGAGUGGUUUACUACUUAUGUGCACUGAGUGCAUGACUCUGCUCAACAGACGAGCUAUGGGAGUAGAAGCUAUCUGGAUUAAAUAAAAAGCAUGACUGGGUGUGAUACUAUUCACACUGUCAUGUUCUUUGUACUUUGUGCUCUGUUGAAAUGUGAAAGUAUGCUUCUAUCUAUAAAAUUCCGCAUGUUGGCAGCCUAAUAAAAAAUAGCUUGUAUCUUUCUCACUGACUUUGGUGGCUUACAGAUCCGGGUUUGGACCACCAAUUUUAGCAAGCAUUAAUUCA